AUGAAUGCUAACUGUUUCAGAAUGCGCAAUUUCCAUCAUCUCUCUUACGUCUCCAUCGAUUCCAUCUUCACUACUGCGAAUCCAAAGAGGACAAAACUCCCAUUUCGCCCACCAAUUUCGGUUCACCUACGUCAUCGUUUUAGCUCACUCUCCGUGUCGUCUGGUAGCAUAAGUGGGGGCAAUUCAUCUGGGUUUACUUGGGAUGAUUUUCUUCGAGCCGGUGAAUUGGGCCAUGAUGGUUCUUCUAACCUUCAAGGAUUCUUCGAUAAAGUUAAACUCAUCAAUCGUAAUUCUGAAAAGCAGAAUGAGUUUAUUCCCUUUGUUAUUGAGGGUCAGAUAGUUGGCUAUGUACAUUAUGGGUUUGCAGAUCAUUUGAGGAAGUUUAGGGAUGUAUUCAUCUUUCCAAAAGAUGACACUUUUGGCGGCAAUUUCGGAUGCCAUGUCACACUGCAUUCUAUGCUGAGGACUGCUGAGGAGAGGACAAGAGCUGUUGCUCAUGUUGUUAAAAGCUUGGGAGAGCUGAUUCCAGGUAUAAGAAAUGAGCUGUAUCCUGUCGCGUCAUCAUAUGGUUCACCAAUAUUUUUCUCGGUCGAAAGAGCUGCAGCACCUUACUUUGGUACAAAGGCUUAUGGAGUUCACAUGAAUGGAUAUGUUGAGAAAGAUGGGCAGAAAUAUCUUUGGGUGGGGAAGAGAAGUGAAUCAAAACAGACCUACCCGGGGAUGCUUGAUCAUCUAGUUGCUGGUGGGCUGCCACAUGAUAUCUCUUGUGAAAAGAAUCUUGUGAAGGAAUGUGAAGAGGAAGCAGGAAUACCAAGCUCCAUCUCCUGCAAAGCAAUCCCUGUUGGAGCUGUGUCCUACAUGGACAUUGAAGGAUAUAGGUUCAAGAGAGAUGUGCUAUUUUGUUAUGAUCUAAAGCUUCCUGAAGAUUUUGUUCCCAAUAAUGAAGAUGGCGAAGUGGAGAGCUUUAAGUUGGUUCCCAUCACACAGAUUGCUAAUGUAAUUAGGAGCACAGAAUUCUUUAAAGCGAACUGCAACCUUGUUAUCAUUGACUUCCUUUUCCGGCACGGGUACAUUAAGCCGGAAAGUUUUGGAUAUUUGAAGCUAUUGCAGAGUCUGAGAAGUGGAGACUGCUCCUGA